UCAGAGCUUUUUUCAAUCGAAGGAGGACUCUUAACUCCUAGAGAACUUCGGAAGACAUUAUUAAAGAAUCUGCGAAAUACUAAAAGACUGAGUCAGCGACAACGUGGUUGGAGCGAGUUUGCUCAGAGACCAGAGGCGAUGGAGGCCGGAGAGAGAAAGGAACACGUUCUGAAGCAAAGGCAAGUCUUGAUAUUCUUUAUUUUGCUGAGCAUAGCUCAGGCUGAUUCUCAGCCUAGGCACUAUUCAGUAGCAGAGGAAACCGAGAGUGGUUCCUUUGUGGCCAAUUUGUUAAAAGAUCUGGGGCUGGAGGUAGAUGAGCUAUCUGAGCGGGCCCCCCGGGUCGUUUCCAAAGGGAAAAAAUUGCAAUUGCAGCUCAGGCAGACUGGAGAUCUGUUGGUAAAUGAGAAACUGGAUCGGGAGGAGUUGUGCGGCCCCGCCGAGCCCUGUGUACUACCUUUCCAGGUGCUGUUGGAAAAUCCUUUGCAGUUUUUUCAGGCCGAGCUGUGGAUUAGGGACAUUAAUGAUCAUUCCCCAGUUUUCUUAGACAAAGAAAUAAUUUUGAAAAUUUCAGAAAGUAUCAUUCCUGGAACUACUUUCCUGAUAGAACGUGCCCAGGACUUAGAUGUAGGAAGCAACGGUCUCCAAAGCUACACAAUCAGCUCCAAUUUAUACUUUCAUCUUAAAUUGCGAGACAGUCCUGAUGGCAUAAUGUUACCACAGCUGGUGCUGGACAAAGCAUUGGAUCGAGAGGAACAGUCUGAGAUCAGGUUAACCCUCACAGCGCUGGAUGGGGGGACUCCACCCAGGUCUGGCACUGCCAUGAUCCACAUUGAAGUCUUGGACAUCAAUGACAAUGCCCCCGAGUUCACAAUGCUAGUCUAUGAGGUGCAGGUCCCAGAGAACAUCCCUGUUGGAUCUCACAUUACUACCGUCUCUGCUAGGGAUUUAGACAUUGGAGCCUAUGGACAAAUAUCUUACGUAUUUUCCCAAGCUUCUGAAGAUAUUCGCAAAACGUUUCAAAUCAAUUCAAAGUCAGGAGAACUAUUUUUAAUGCAGAAACUAGAUUUCGAAUUUGUUCAGACUUAUACAAUAAACAUUCAGGCAACAGAUGGUGGGGGCCUUUCUGGAAGUUGUGUGGUAUUUAUCAAAGUCAUGGAUUUGAAUGACAAUCCUCCAGAACUGACCAUAACCACACUUAUCAAUCAGAUUCCAGAAAACUUGCAGGAGACCAUAAUUGCUGUAUUCAGUGUUUCAGAUCCUGACUCAGGAGACAACGGAAAGAUGGUUUGCUCUAUCCAAGAUGAUCUUCCUUUUUUCCUGAAGCCCUCCGUUGAGAAUUUUUACACUCUGGUGACAAACACAGCCCUAGACCGGGAGACCACCUCUGAGUAUAAUGUCACCAUCACAGUCACAGACUUGGGGACACCCAGGCUGAAAACAGAGCACAGGAUAACAGUGCUGGUAUCUGACGUAAAUGACAACUCUCCCGCCUUCACCCAAACCUCCUACACGCUGUUGGUCCGUGAAAACAACAGCCCCGCCCUGCACAUAGGCACCAUCAGCGCCACAGACAGAGACUCAGGCACCAACGCCCAGGUCACCUACUCCCUGCUGCCACCUCAGGACCCUCACUUGCCUCUCGCCUCCCUGGUCUCCAUCAACGCCGACAACGGACACCUGUUCGCCCUGAGGGCGCUGGACUUCGAGGCCCUGCAGGCGUUCGAGUUCCGCGUGGGCGCCACAGACCGAGGCUCCCCCGCGCUGAGCAGCGAGGCGCUGGUGCGCGUGGUGGUGGUGGACGCCAACGACAACUCGCCCUUCGUGCUGUACCCGCUGCAGAACGGCUCUGCGCCCUGCACCGAGCUGGUGCCCAGGGCGGCCGAGGCGGGCUACCUGGUGACCAAGGUGGUGGCGGUGGACGGCGACUCGGGCCAGAACGCCUGGCUGUCGUACCAGCUGCUCAAGGCCACGGAGCCCGGGCUGUUCAGCGUGUGGGCGCACAAUGGCGAGGUGCGCACCGCCAGGCUGCUGAGCGAGCGCGACGCGGCCAAGCACAGGCUGCUGGUGCUGGUGAAGGACAAUGGCGAGCCUCCGCUGUCUGCCAGCGUCACGCUGCACGUGCUGCUGGUGGACGGCUUCUCCCAGCCCUACCUGCCGCUCCCGGAGGCGGCGGCGGAGCAGGCCCAGGCCGACUCGCUCACCGUCUACCUGGUCAUCGCCUUGGCCUCGGUGUCCUCGCUCUUCCUGUUCUCGGUGCUGCUGUUCGUGGCGGUGAGGCUGUGCAGGAGGGACAGGGCGGCGUCUGUGGGUCUCUGCUCAGGGCCGGAGGGCCACUUUCCAGGCCACCUGGUGGACGUUAGCGGUGCUGGGACCCUGUCCCAAAGUUACAAGUAUGAAGUGUGUCUGAGGGGAAACUCAGGGACCAGUGAGUUCAACUUCGUGAAGCCGGUUAUUCCCAACUUUCUUGUUCAAGGCUCAAAGAGGAUUAGUGAGGCAAACCCGAGUUUCAGGAAUAGUUUUGAGUUCAGUUAAAUAUUAAGUGUUAAUAAGGGCCCACAGAGUCUACUAACAGCAAUUUGUGGAAAAUUCUUUUUUCUUAUGAACUGCUUUGCCCAUGAUGGUGUCUCUUUUUAAUUCCAUAGCAAGUAUGCUA